AUGGCUCCGCCAACCGGCGCGUCCAAGGGCAAGCACAAGGGUCGAGAUGCGCGACGUUCUAGGAGCAGAAACACGACUCCGUCUUCGGUGGUCAGUAACUCAGCGCCCGCACCUCCCAGCCAUACCGCAGUGCUGGAGCUGGAGACGUCGAAACUGCUGAUCUUGUCCAACCCUCGCUAUGCCCAUAUCUUGGACCAGCUUGAGUCGAAAGCGUCCACUCUUGACCCCAAGCGCCUGCAAGAAGUUAUAGAACAGCUCAAGACUUUGUCCGAUGCGACCGAACACCGAGUCGAGUCAUGUGAAAGGGCAGUGCGGCUGAACCACGUCCAUCUCAGAGACGCGCAAUUCGCGCAGAAAGAGGAUGAGCGUCAGGCCGAGCAGGUCAGACGGAGCAAGAAGACAAAAGAUGAUCCCAAAAGCAAGGCGAAGAAGCGCAAAGAGAGACCGGGCAGUUCUGAUGGAGUCGACAUUAAGAAAGAAGAAGAGCCCAUUGUCAGACUCAAGAGUCGCGCACUUGGCACACCUGUCCCGAACGAUAGUCCUUCCCCUGCAAAGAAGACGAAACUUAGUCCGUCAUCGUCUCUUUCAGAGGUCGCCGAUUCACCCGAAGAGAAUCCUCCCGAGAUCAAGAAAUCGCCUCCAGCGACCGAUGUCAGCAUGUCAGAAGAUGAAGAACCGGUGCGCAAAGCGCCAGUAAUACCACAACAGGGCUUCUUCCCAGACCCCAUGGCCUACGAUCCGACUAUCUAUCAUAUCGAGGAUGUCACAAGUGAUAUGUCUGAUGCUGAGCGGAAGCGCAUUUAUAGCGUCACUGCGUAUCCUACGAAAGAUCUGAGCGAUCAGAUUGCCGGUCAACCACCCGACAAAGACUUCUCGAAUGCCAAACCUACGAAUCAAGUUGCGGCGACGACUUUUCUCACAUUCGCUGAGCCAUUCCUAAGACCACUCUUGGAAGAAGAUGUUGCAUUUCUGCGUGAGAGGGGUGAUAGAACCACGCCGUUCCUGGCAAUCCCGAGAGGCAAGCGCGCCUACCAGGACAUCUGGGACGAGGAGGACGGCAUGAUCAACAGUGCUAAGGACCGACCAAGCCUGAGUCAGCCGCACGGCGAUCUCGACCAGAUGGGCGACGAUGUGGCCGGUACCGACCAGAUCUCAACAGGUCCUCUGAUAAGUCGACUGGUUUCACUCCUCAAGUUUGAACAUCGCUCAGAAGAUCAAACUACCAACGGCGCUGACCCCGACGAUCCAUCCGCGAUGGACUUUGACUUUGGUCUCGAGAGCACUGCAGAGAAGGCACCACCGUCCGCCACCAAGAUAUCAGAUCCCGCAGCAUCGAGAAGCUCUCAGCGGCUCGACUACAUUCAGAGUGAGGAGAGGAUAAAGGCUGAGCUGCGCCACCUCGGCAUACUUGGACAAGAUGAGAACCCUGACUUCGAUGCACACCACGAUGACGACAUCAGUGAGAGACUACGACAACUACAGAAUGAACUGCGACGUGUCAUGAUCCUGAAUGGUGCACGUAAGGCACGACUUCUCGACAUGGCGAAAGAGCGUCUUGCAUACCAAGAAUACAGCACGAUUCACGAAGAUCUCGACAGCCAAGUACAGCAGGCUUAUCUCAAGCGAACAAGAACUCUUGGCAAGACCAAGAAAGGCGGUCCAGGAGCGAAGCCUCGUCCAGGUCAUGUUGCAGCAUUGGCUGGUGGUCUCGGCAUCAAUCGGGCCCGAGAUAUUGGGGACAGUGCAAGAAUGCUGAUGGACCGAAGAAAGCGGUGGGAGAGCUGCAUCGGGCCCGUGUUCAGAGACAUGAAACGUGGUGUACCUGGUCCCGAAACGACCGUGUGGGACCCGAAGCUCAUGGAGUCGUACGAUAAGGCCGAGAUCGAGGCUUUGGAGGAGGAAGGUGAAUAG